AGAAUUUCUCGCCAACAUGCCUACUUGUUGCGUCGUGGACUGUGCAAAUCGCACGAGUUGUGGAGUCAAAUUUUUCAGGAUUCCUGGAGGAUCUCAUCCUUUUCAAAAAAAUAGACGACAUCUGUGGCUGCAAGCCAUUAAACGGGCAGACUGGGACAACGCGAUGAUCAAAGAGGCUCGUGUUUGUAGCGCUCACUUCAUAUCAGGAGAGGCUUCACUUGACUCCAGUAGUCCUGACUUUGUGCCCUCCUUGUUUGUGUACACAAAACAAAGCCAGACACCUAAGACAAAAAUGGAAAGGUAUCAAAGGAAAAGGAAGAGAGAUGAACGCCCUGACAUGCAGCCGGCUUCUUCCAUGGCUGAAAUGGAACAAGACUGUACCAUUGAUCAUUGCAGUGAUGAGGAGGAAACUGAAGGGGACCGCCCAGUGUCGAGAAAGGAACAUGAUGAUCUUUGCUUUAGACAUCAUCAACUGCAGGAAGACUACAUCAACCUGCAGCAGGACUGUUUUAAAUUACGCAGUGAGAAUGAAGAACUAAGACAUGAGUUACAGAAUUCCAAAUUUUCAUACAGCAAUGUUAAGAGUAGCAUUGGGCAAUUACUGUUUUUCACUGGACUGACCUCUGUAAUCUUUGAAUGGCUCCUAAAAAAGUUAGAUUGCAGUAUUGAGAUAAGUCACCAAGCCCUUCCUCUAGAGGACCAAUUAUUGAUGGUCUUGAUGAAAUUAAGGAUGGGCCUCAGUAACACUGACCUGGCAUAUAGAUUUCAUGUAACAACAAGCACUGUAUCAAAUAUUUAUCGGAGUUGGAUCUCUGUAAUGUCUGUUGUUCUUAAGCCAUUAAUUAAAUGGCCAAAUAAGGAAGCUAUACUUAAAAAUAUGCCCAAACCAUUUAAACGACACUUUAAAAAAUGCCGCUGCAUAAUAGACUGUACAGAAAUUUUUAUAGCUCGACCUAGUAAUUUGACUGCAAGGGCCCAGACCUGGUCUAAUUACAAACACAAUAAUACAUUAAAAUAUUUGAUUGCCAUCACACCUGCUGGGGCAAUUUCGUUUUUGUCUCCAGGGUGGGGUGGGCGGGUUUCUGAUAAACAGAUCACCAAGGAGUCAGGUUUCCUGGAACUGUUGGAGCCUAUGGAUGAGGUUUUAGCUGAUAGGGGAUUUUUAAUACGGGAUGAGCUUGCAGCUUGCGGUGCCACUCUUCGUAUCCCUCAUUUUACUAAAGGUAAAAAGCAACUGUCAGCACUAGAAGUAGACACAUCCAGACAACUGUCUCGGGUUAGGAUUCAUGUUGAACGAGUCAUUGGUCGGUGGAAAAACUUCAAAAUUUUACAAACUGUUAUUCCUGUGUCUCAGGUUGAUAUGCUCGACGAUGUAGUGACCGUGUGCGGUGCUCUAACAAACCUCUGUAAAAGUGUGGUUCCCAAAUAA